AUGACUCGUGAAACUAAGCUCAAAAAAUAUACUCGCAAAUUUCGUUCAGAAAAGGGUGACAUCGCACAAGUUACAAACCAAUAUCUAGAAGACACUUCGAAACUCCUUGGACGUAAACUUCGACGGAGAGAAAUAUCUCAAGAAGAAUACGAAAUUCGUAUUAAAGAAAUUGAACAGAUUAAAAAUGCAAUUAAUGAUUUACAGAUACAAAUCAAAAAUUUACAAGACGAACUUAAUAGUUUAAAAGAUGAGAACAGGAAAUUGAGACAAGAAAAUAGCGAAUUACAUGAUUCAUUAAAUGGUCUUUGCAACAAUUUCAAUAAUGACAAACAAAUUCAAGUGAAGAAUCAAGAAGUGAUAAACUUACACAGAAUCAUUAGAAAAAUACUUGAAGAUUAUAAUCAAAAAUAUAAACGAGAUUCCACCGGAUCUUCGAAAAUUACCGAUUUUAUCAAGACGGAAAUCACUGAAAAAAAAAAAUGGAAAGACAUCGAAACUUCAGAAAUUCUAGCAGAAAUUGUUUUUCAAUUAGAUUUAAAUUCCCUUUUGGCUUUUUCACUAGAAAAUGAUCCAAAAAAGAAUUUGUUUAUGGCAAUUCAUUCGGUUGAUUCCUAUCAGCUAGUGGGGUAUUAUAUGAACCCUUCUAUACGUCACAGUAAUUUUUCAUCUCACUUGUUAUUUUUCCUACGUAAAGACGUCGACACCGCUCUUUCAGAAUAUAACAUGUUACCAGAAAAUUUGCGAUCCGAAUGGAUAGAAAAGAAAUCAAAUUUCGUUCAAGAAUACCAAACCGAAAUUUUGAAAAUGAAACAUCCUAAUAUUACUGAUGAAAACAUUCAAAAUAUUUUAGGAAAUGCUCCGUUUUAUUUUCAAAAUAAUUUUAAUCUUCAAGAUUAUUUA